AUGGUUCCUUACAAGGGAUUCAACGGCAUUGAUAUUGGAAAAAGGCAGUGUCACCAAGGCCAACAAAGUAAAUUUGGUAUACUAAAGCCCACAUACUGGCUCCAUGACUCUGAAAUACAUGCAGGACAAGUACUGCUGAAGAAGGAAUUUCCAUUCAUCGAUGGACUUCAGGAUCCUGCUGUUAAAGGAUCACUUGUUAUUCCGGCCACAUCCGAGUUUGUCCAGAUAAUUAACGUGGAUAAACACUGGGUGUGCAUAAGCACCAUUGGUUGCCAGGCUGGCAUAGUAAAAAUAUUUGAUAGCUUGUACAGCAAGCCCAAUUCAGUUUUGAUUGACCACGCUUGCCGCAUGCUUUUCUACCAACAGGACACUGUAACAUUCUGCAAUGAAAAGGUGCAAAAGCAGCUUGGCGGCAGCGACUGCGGUCUCAUGGCCUUAGCUUUUGCAACCGACUUGUGCCAUGGUUUAGAUCCAGCAACACAGAGGUACAGCCAAUUCGAGAUGCGCCAACACUUUGUUAGCUGCCUAGAAUCAGGGAAAAUGAAACCUUUCCCCAAGACCAACAGAAGAGUGCACUGCCAUCUAUCUUGCAACAGGAAUUCUGUGCCAAUCUUUUGUCUUUGUAGGCUCUUAAAUAACAAGCAAGAGUGCAUACAGUGUUGUUCAUGCCGUGGUUGGUAUCAUCCUCAGUGCUCCUUAGCCCCACAAUGGGCCAUCACAUCAAAGCUGCCAUGGAAGUGCCCAAAAUAUAAACCAAACAAGGCAAAAACAGGAAAGAGAACCAUUUUGGGAGCAGUGAACAAAGAUAAUUAA